AUUAGCAUUAGCCUGGACGCUAACACUUUAGCUCCCAUGUUGUUAAUGUAGUUAGCUCGCUCGUUUACUGCUGCUCUGUAAACCGACUGAAGUCGGUUGAUUGCGUUAAGCUAUGGUUUAUGGAAUGUAUUAGACAGGUUAUAGCUAGCUUAAGUAACUAACGGGUUGUACACAAAAACGGGUCAGCUAACUGGCUAGCCACAGCUACCUAGUUGCAAGCUUCCUGGGAUCAUGACGGCAAUGGUGUGAAAAAAGGAUUUCUGGCAUCAUCUUCGCUAAGCUAAAUCAGUUAUGCUCCUGUCUCGGGUAAAGCCUGCAGUUGGUGGAGAUGGAUCAGUCAACUCCAGUGAGAAGAAAAGGAAGAAUAAAAGCAAGAAGAUCCCCCGGUUGGAGGAUUAUAUGAGCCAGAGAGACUACCUGGGAGGUCUCACACUGCUGGAGUUCCAUCGUAAUGGAGGAGUGCCAGAGGAGAAUGCUGACCUCUGGAUCGGCUACUGUGCCUUUCACCUAGGGGACCACAAGAGAGCUAUGGAGGAGUAUAAAGCCUUGACCCUGAAGCCAGACUGCCCUGCUGAGGUCUGGGUUUUUUUGGGCUGUGCUCUGUUUUUUCUUGGCCUUUAUGAAGAGGCUGAGGAAAUGGCUCUUAAAGGGCCUAAAAGUCAGCUACAGAACCGGCUGCUGUUUCAUUUAGCCCACAAGUUUGAGGAUGAAAAGAAACUGAUGGGUUUCCACCAGAAUCUGGAGGACGUUACAGAGGAUCAGCUGAGCCUGGCCUCCAUACACUACAUGCGCUCACACUAUCAAGAGGCCAUUGACAUCUACAAACGCAUUCUGCUGCAGAACAGGGAGUUCCUGGCACUGAAUGUGUAUGUGGCGCUGUGCUAUUAUAAGCUGGAUUACUACGACGUGUCUCAGGAGGUUCUGGCUGUUUAUCUGCAGAACUUUCCAGACUCUACCAUAGCUCUCAACCUCAAAGCCUGCAACCACUUCAGACUGUACAAUGGCAAAGCAGCUGAGGUGGAGCUAAAGAACCUAAUAGAUAUCUCCUCCAGCUCGUUUGAGUUUGCAAAGGAACUGAUUCGUCACAACCUGGUGGUGUUCCGGGGUGGGGAGGGUGCGCUGCAGGUUCUUCCUCCACUCAUUGACGUCAUCUCUGAGGCUCGACUCAACCUGGUCAUCUACUACCUCAGACAAGAUGAUGUUCAGGAGGCCUAUAAUCUCAUCAAGGACUUGGAGCCCACCACUCCUCAGGAGUAUAUUCUGAAGGGAGUGGUGAACGCUGCUCUAGGGCAGGAGAUCGGAUCUAGAGAUCAUUUAAAGAUUGCCCAGCAGUUUUUUCAGCUGGUCGGUGGCUCAGCCAGUGAAUGCGACACCAUCCCGGGCCGGCAGUGUAUGGCUUCAUGCUUUUUCCUACUGAAACAGUUUGAGGAUGUGCUCAUCUACCUUGGCUCAGUAAAGAGUUACUUCUGCACAGAUGACACCUAUAAUUUCAACUACGCACAAGCCAAAGCUGCUUUAGGAAGCUAUAAGGAGGCAGAGGAGGUGUUCCUGCUAAUCCAAAGUGAGAAGAUCAAGAAUGAUUAUGUGUAUCUGAGCUGGCUGGCACGAUGCUACAUUAUGAACCAGAAGGCUCGACUGGCAUGGGAACUUUAUCUAACCAUGGAAACUUCGUCUGACUCCUUCAGCCUCCUGCAGCUCAUUGCAAACGACUGCUACAAGAUGGGUCAGUUUUAUUUCGCAGCAAAGGCGUUUGAUGUUCUGGAGAGGCUGGAUCCAAACCCAGAGUACUGGGAGGGGAAGCGGGGAGCAUGCGUUGGAAUAUUCCAGCUAAUCCUCGCAGGAAGAGAACCCAGAGAUAGUCUGAAGGAGGUGUUGCCCAUGCUGCGCAGCACAGGGAACCCACAGGUGGAGUACAUAAUCCGCAUCAUGAAGAAAUGGGCCAAAGAUAACAGAGUCGGACUUUGACAGAAAACGUACAUCCUCUGUUCCUAUUGUCAUAAAAAUAGUUAUUGCCUCGAGAACACAGUGGUAAAACAUUUAUCCCAUUGUUCAUGUUUACUUUUGUUAAUAUAAAGUGCUUCUAUAUUUAUAAAUAAAAUCGUUUUGUACUAGAAUUCCCCCUCGGGGAUCAAUAAAGUAUCUAUCUAUACAUACAUUAAAUUCAGACACAAAUAAAUAUGCAGUUGAGUCAUC